AUGAGCCACUAUGCCUAUGGUCAUGGGAAUCCCCAUGCUGAAUAUCAAACCUCGCAACCGCACAACUAUUCCACGAAUCAAGGGUAUAUUCCAUCGCCUUUCCAUUCGAAUGAGACUAUAGAGAGCCAGCCUACUUAUGGGCAAGGAGUGACGGACGCAUACGAGUACAACCAGACGACCAUACCAGGCCUCGGCAUGCGCUUUGCUAAUAACGCCCCGAACUGGCAGCCCCCGGCUCCCCAGAACUUCUCCGGGAUUUAUACUAGCCCUAGCACUUCAGUCGCCCCAUGGCAAACUGGGCCAGCUGAUGGAAAUAUGGCAGCCGAAAGUUCGACGGAACGUCCUAAUAUUGGGGUGGACAAUGAUGCUAUGGAAGAGGGUGAGCUUAGCGAAGGCGAACUGGAAGAUAUUUACGAGCCUGGCGAGAUCGAAAGAAACACAUUUGGCAAACGUGAGGACCAACCAUCCGAACUCAUCGAUCAAUGCAACAGACCUCAUAUGGACAAUCAACAAACAUGGAACUCGAAAUAUUCAGGGCGCGAGCGUUCUGGCUCAUACUCGCCCUAUCUCUCACCUCGAGAGAUACACUUGAGCGGCCAGGAAAAUGGUGCAUCCAAUACCCCAGAAACCUCCGGUAGGAGCUUUCAUGAUUCCAAAAUCGGAGUAUUUCCCCAUGGCGAUAACACUACAUUGUCGCAUCACGGCGAAGCCAGAGACAUGGCUGCAAUGGUUUCGGAGACCAAGAAGCACGCGCGAGAGGCAAUCCUCCGCCUCUGGCCACUCAAAGUUCGUUAUCAUAACUAUAUCGAAGAAGGGGUCGAUCAUAUACUCCUCGACCAGCUGUUUGUGGAAUUGGGUCUUGACCUGGAGACUACCGUGCCACGACCGGAACAGUCAAACUUGAUUGUGCCGGUUCAAGGGGAGUCAUCACGAAGCGAUGUGGGCGAGACAGUGCCUCCUUUAGCACAGGCAACUAUCCUUGCUGUCGACACUGAGUCGAAAGCUGCCAAUUCAGCGAAAAAUAAGGCCGAAGAACGAAAAGACCGGAUUGCACGGUUGUUGGCAGCGAAAGGCUCCAAAGUGCCAACAGAUGCAGAUGCCAACAAGUCAGCCAUAUCGAGACCAAUCUCUACAGAUACGCCAAAUUCAACUAAAUCUGAUAAGACUAAGACUCAAUCAGAGAAGUCGAAACUGAUACAACAAAAGAUAGAGGCAUUGAUGAAAGCUCGAGAAGCAAGUGCAAAGGCCACUCAAGCUCCUACACUACCGGUCUCUUCGAUAGCCCAGCCUGUGCCUGACACAAGCAGAUCAAACAGCCAGGUACCGGUCGAACCAAUGAACCCCGAUGAUUACACUGACGCUACGAUGGAAAAAGCGGAUUCAUCUACGGGACCCCCAAUUCCUGGCUUAUUCCUGUCUUCUAAUGCACCUUCUCCUGCCCCAAGUCAGCGCAAACGGCCUGUUGCAGCUGACUUGAAUGAGAAUUCUACACCGAGUAUUCCAAAGCGCCCCUUUGGUCAAGCCCGGGAAUCCCGUCCUUUCCUAAUCGAUGUUAGCGAUGAUGAAGAUGAUGCUGAGAUGGACAUAGACUCUCCUGAGUUGCGCGCUUCCUCGGUACAGCGACCAACGGCACCUGGCUCACGAACAUCGUCCUUUCGCGACAAUACGACCUUGCCUGAUGGCGUGUCUCGUGGUACUAGCGGCAUGAUCGACUUGGCUAGUAUGAACAAGAAGAUUGAAGAUAUGAGACGACGAAUUGCUGAGGCUGAAGCUCGUAAGAAGAAGGCAAAGCAAUCAGGUGGCAACUCACCACUGCCUCAAUCUGGUGCACAAUCAAAAGAGGGCAGUGCAGAUGCCAACGCCGCCUCUGUGCCUGCAGAGCAUGGCCUAUUAACUACGUCUGAAACAGUCCAAACUAGCCCAGCACCCAGUGCACCGCAGUCCAGCUUUUCGUAUAAUACUAGCACCAAAUUGCCUAAAGUCAGAGAUGGACGCCAGCAGGCUAGGCCUUCUUUGCGUGCUCGUGUUGCCAGCGAGCGCCUGCCUAUUGUAACAGCACAACGAAUGGAAUGCCAGGAACAACUCAAGCGUUUUCAAUCCGAGGUUGAUAGGGUCAAAAAGGAAAUUGAGAACAAGUUGGUUGAGGAGGAGCGACUUAGGAAGGAUGCUCUCCAAGCCGAGCCAGUACUGUCACCAGUGCCAAAAGGACAGAAUGAGUCUGAGUCCGAGUCUGAGUCUGAGUCCGUCAUUGUCCGGGAGGAGCCCCCUGUUGUUAUGUCACAGCAGGUACCCGCCCUAUAUGACACCUUAACCCCAGCACAAAACGACAAAAUGAAUGACUCCCAUGAUGAAGCUGGACAAGAUGCACUGAUGGAUGAACCAUCGUGCGUUGUAUUAGCGGAAAGUCGUGGGGGGAGUAUGGCUUGCCCAGGGGAAUCACACAUGCACGACGAAUCCAUAGUAGUGCGAGAAACGGCCGACGACCAGUCGUCGUUGCCAGUAGAUCCUUCAGUGAUACAUGGCACCGUUGGCGUAGAUGUUGAAUCUGCGACUGAUAUCGAGGAGCCUGAAGAAGACAUAGCUAUGGACGAGGCUGUUACUUCUAGUGAAGAGGAGAGUGCGGCAGAAGAUGAGUCUGAUGACUAUGAGCCAACCGAUGCCGUUGUCAGUCUACCAGACCCACCUUCACCUAUCCAACGUCAACCAUCAUCCCAACAAGUGUCGGAUGACAGCGCAGUACUAGAGACGAGUGAUACUGAUUUGCAGGGCUUGUCAACAGCCACACCAGUUACUAAGCCUAUAUCAACAGGCACUGGUGAUUCAGAAUCCGAAUCUAAUCGAGAAGUAGAUACACUCACUUUCCAGGCGAACAACGGAGCUGACGAUAUACAGGUGAAAAUCUCGAAGCAUUCAGAGGUCAGCAAUGAUACCGAAACCACAUUCGUCCCAUACGAAACGCCUCUUCAGUACUUCAAGGCUUACCGCUUCCAUCCUCAGUACAGCGGUUCUGUUGCAGGGGGUCUGCGAUCCCUGACUUACAGCAACAAUAUCGAUGCAACACGGGAAGUAUGCCCUGAUCAGCUUACCCACGAAGUUUGUCCUAGGGGCAGCGAGUGCCAAUUUCAGCAUUUUGAGGACAUGCAGCUUCCGGGGGCCUAUGGCAACUCUGAGGUUGAGCAGCAGGACCAGUAUGUUGCUGGACUUCGUCAAUUACUUACAGACUUUCGCAACCGCAAGGUGAAAGAUUUCCAGGCCAUCAGUCAAGGCCUUAUCGAGUAUCGCGCCAGAUUCUUACGCGAUAAAACGAAGAUACUUCCUUUGGGUGGCGUCACUCUGUGA